AUGUAGACAUUCUGGUUGAGUAUUACAUGUCAUAUCUUAAUUUUAUAAGAUAUUUUUCUUAAUAAUUUCUCCCACAAUUUACUGAAUAUUCUGAAUUGUAUCAGCACCUCUCAUGGUGCUCGACAUAUAGUGGUCACAUAAGUUUACUGAAGCUGUCAAUAAUUUGAUGUAAAGGGCCCAGCAGAAGUAACACCACUGAGUGUGGUUGGAAGCAUACAUGAAUGUUUUGCACAAGGCGGACAGCAAUUUGAACAUUUCACAUAAAAUGUCAUAUGGUGUGCUUGAGUGUGAUAUUGUUAUGUUACAGAAUUACAUGCUUAUGAUUUUGUAAUAAAAGAGGGGAGUUAUUUGUGCUGGACCCUAUAUUUAAGGAAACAAAAUUCUGAUUGAUUCUGAUCUGUUUCUUUCAGAAAUGUCACCAGGCAUAUAAUGGAAUUUUAUCUGAUUCUGUAGAUCUUCAUUCUGGAUAUCAAGGUAACAAUACAGGAGGUGCGCAUAAUUUCUCAUUUCUGCAAGUAGCCUUAACUGCUAAAGGAAGACAUUUUUUAAGCUACAGCAAAAUUCAUUUUGGUAACUUUUAUGGAAAUCUUAAUUUUGUUUUUAAAUUUUCAAUAACCUUUUGCUAAAGGUAUGAACAAGCAAAGAACUUACCUCAGUAGGCAAGUCCCACAUUAAUAAGAAUGCCUAGAGAGGACUGAUUCUUCAGACCCGGACUCAGUGGCUACUGUUGGGUCUUGCUUUAGUUUGCAUUUUGGUACUGUUUUUGUAUCUUCUGGAAUGUGCUCCCCAGACUGAUGGAAAUGCAUCUCUUCCUGGGGUCAUUGGGGAAAAUUAUGGUAAAGAGUAUUAUCAGGCCCUACUGCAGGAGCAAGAAGAACAUUAUCAAACCAGGGCAACCAGUCUGAAACGCCAAAUUGCACAACUAAAACAAGAAUUGCAAGAAAUGAAUGAGAAGAUGAGAGCAUUACAAGAGAGAAAGAAUGUAGGGUCUAAUGGCAUAGGGUAUCAAGGUCACAAAGAACAAGUACCUAGUGAUCUUCUAGAGUUUCUUCAUUCCCAAAUUGACAAAGCUGAAAUUAGCAUAGGAGCCAAGCUACCUAGUGAGUAUGGCGUCAUUCCGUUUGAAAGUUUUACCUUAAUGAAAGUAUUUCAACUGGAAAUGGGUCUCACUCGCCAUCCCGAGGAAAAGCCAGUUAGAAAAGACAAACGAGAUGAAUUGGUGGAAGUUAUUGAAGCUGGCUUGGAGGUCAUUAAUAAUCCUGAUGAAGAUGAUGAACAGGAAGAUGAGGAUGGUCCCCUUGGAGAGAAACCGAUAUUUAAUGAAAAUGAUUUCAUAGAAGGUUAUUACCGCACUGAGAGAGAUAAGGGCACACAGUAUGAACUCUUUUUUAAGAAAGCAGACCUUAUGGAAUAUAGACAUGUGACCCUCUUCCGCCCUUUUGGACCUCUCAUGAAAGUGAAGAGCGAGAUGAUUGACAUUACUAGAUCACUUAUUAAUAUAAUCGUCCCACUCGCUGAAAGAACUGAAGCAUUUGUACAGUUUAUGCAGAACUUCAGGGAUGUAUGUAUUUAUCAGGACAAGAGGAUUCAUCUGACAGUGGUGUAUUUUGGUAAAGAAGGACUGUCUAAAGUCAAGUCCAUCCUAGAAUCUGUCACAAGUGAGUCUAAUUUUCACAAUUACACCUUGGUCUCAUUGAAUGAAGAAUUUAAUCGUGGACGAGGACUAAAUGUGGGUGCUCGAGCUUGGGACAAGGGAGAGGUCUUGAUGUUUUUCUGUGAUGUUGAUAUAUAUUUCUCAGCCGAAUUCCUUAACAGCUGCCGGUUAAAUGCUGAGCCAGGCAAGAAGGUGUUUUACCCUGUAGUGUUCAGUCUUUACAACCCUGCCAUUGUUUAUGCCAGUCAGAAUGUACCCCCUCCUGUGGAGCAGCAGCUGGUUCACAAAAAGGAUUCUGGCUUUUGGCGAGAUUUUGGCUUUGGAAUGACUUGUCAGUACCGAUCAGAUUUCCUGACCAUUGGUGGAUUUGACAUGGAAGUUAAAGGCUGGGGUGGAGAAGAUGUUCAUCUUUAUCGAAAAUACUUACAUGGUGACCUCAUUGUGAUUCGGACUCCGGUUCCUGGGCUUUUCCACCUCUGGCAUGAGAAACACUGUGCUGAUGAGUUGACCCCCGAGCAGUACCCCCGCAUGUGCAUCCAGUCCAAAGCUAUGAAUGAAGCCUCUCACUCACACAUGGGAAUGCUGGUCUUCAGGGAGGAGAUAGAGACACAUCUUCACAAACAAGCAUACAGGACAAAUAGUGAAGUUGUUGGUUAAUGUAAUCAUUACUCCAAACCACAAGCCAGCACUGAACCUCAAACCAGCACUAUUUAUUUAGCCUUAAUUCCAGUUCCAAAUGGAGUGCCUCUUUCAGAGAAGACAUGCUUAUGUUUUGUGUUCUUUGUGACAUUACUUUACUCUAGCAGUUUAACUUCAUAGAAAAGAGAAAGCAACUGUUUUGAUGCAAAGUCUGCACUAUGGAAUCAUUGAUAAAUCAAAAUUUGGUGUUUGGCUCCAAAAAUAGUUUUGAGUUAGUUUCUGCUCUGUGCCCAUGUUCUUAUGUGUCCUGGUUGCAUCUGUGAUGAUGAUGGGUAAGAAGCAUCUUGUUCCUGCAGGAAUGGAGAAUUACAGAUGGAGUGUGUGGACAAAGGUUUUUCACCUGCCAACCACUGGGUCAACUUGCUUGGUUUUUAAAUCAAGCAAUCAAGAUCUUUGGUUGGUUGCUUGAAGAAUCCUUUUUCACUGAAGAGGAUACUUAAAUGACAAUUCUGAAAUCCCCAACCAGUCAAACAACCCCCUCUUGUUGUUUAGGGUCCCCUAAAUGUCUGUUUUUAAAGAAAUAGGUAAUAGUAGGAAAUACUUAGAAUAUAUGACUUGCUUAAAAUAUAAUGUUUAUUACUCUGUCAUCAUGUUCAGGAUUAGAAGUCAAAGUUUCUGUAGACUGUUUUGAACAAACUACAGUCAGCAUGGAAAUGUCUUUAACAGACAUAAUUAUGU